CGGAAACUGUGUCUGAGGGGCCUUCGGUACAUGCAUUGUUCUGAAUAGAGGCUCUAUUGGUAUUCUGAUGCAUAGCACGCGAAGCUCAAAUAGCGCGUCUGUCUCUCGAGUCCCCACAACGACCGCGCAUAAAGUCUCUUGUCGCUCUACAGUUACGUUUGAGACAUAAACUGCUGGUUCACAGACAGCAUUCCAUUCGAGUGAACAUUAAAGCAGUCUAGCUUUACCCACAGCCAUGGCAGCCCCGGACCUAGGAUUCCCCAAUGACCAUGACCAACACCCACCUUCAUCCGUUCCCGGAGAUCGCCACAUGCCUCGGAACCCUUUUUGCCUGUAUCCACCAGCAGGAGCGCCAGCAGCGGAACCUGAUCUUGCAGGCAAUGCGCAUCACCACAUCCACCAUCACGCAUCCCAUCCCAUGAACGUGUUUGAACUAUACCAUCAACAUCUAUAUACCCGUAAUGCUCUUCACCAUGCGCCUUUGAUGCAUCCAGCUUUUACUGCUGACGAGAUUGACCAUCACGACGACGGGAUGCAAAUGCGUCUCAGUCCUAUAUCCAUGGAUUCUGGGUCCCCAAGUUCUGAACACAGUAACGCUACAUCUGGUCACCAAAGCCCCGUUCGAUCAAAAGGCUAUCUUUCAAAUGCAUUCCCUAGCGGAUUGGGUCUUUCCGACCACCAGUCAGCAGGCAGUAACACUGCUCAAAGCGUCAAAACGCGCAUGAUGCGCGCCGCAGCAAAGCUUGCUGGCACUUCUGUUGCAGCUGCCGCAGCUGCUUCUUACGCCGGUUCGUCCGCUGACGAUCAGUCCUCCCCAGAUGCACUCACAGAACUUACCCGCGCAAGGAAAAACUCAUCAACCAAAUCCCGCCGCUCACCAAGCUCAUCUGCAGGCGAGCGCAAAACAACAGCGCGAAGAGCGGAACAAAACCGGACCGCUCAACGCGCGUUCCGCGAACGACGCCAGCGCUACGUUAAAGAUCUGGAAGUCAAAGCCGCUCAAGCCGACGCUCUCGAAGUCCGUCUUGCGGACGCUGAAAGUCGGCUAGCUGAAAUACAAUGCAUUGCCGAACGGCUUGCAGCAGAUCGGGAGAGCUGGAUGCGAGAGAGAGAGCUAUGGUGGAGGGAGCGGGAUGAAGCUGUUACGGUUGCUAAUACAUUAGUGAGAGAGCUUGAAGCGAGUAGUAAGGAAAAUCAAAAGUUUAGAGACCUCGUCAUGAGCCUCUCCGCGGGAAGGAAACGAUCUCUCACGGACACAGUCGAUUUUGAUGAUCUCAUUGUCGAUGCUGAGAAAUCACAAAAGCGCAACAAGGCCGAAAAUGCUGAUGCGGAUCAGAUGGAGGAAGAGCACACGUCUUCUGACUCUGAGAAACUCAGCAAAGACCAAGAAACCGAUGCAACAGCCGAAAAAUCACGUUCCUCCAAUGUCGCACACGUCCUUCGUACCCUCCUCAACGCUGCGACCGUUAGUCCUCCACCCAUGGCUGGUGGCAUGGCUGGUAUCGCUCUCGCAUUUGAAGGCAACCGUCCGCUAUUUACGGAUGAGUCUGCUCCUGCUGCGGAAUCAGACUUUAAUAUGCCCCUCAUGAUGAUGGACUACAAUAAAGUCUAUGCACCAAAGGACAGCGAACGUGAGGAAGUGACUGAAACACAAGCGUGAACCAAAGGAUCUAAAUUAAGCGUGAUUGAAAAGAUAAAGAACGUUCUUCAACUUGCCUGCGAUUUUGUACAUACAAGCAGCUCUCUCUCGCGCAUUUAUAUAUAGAAGUCGCACUUCUGGCGAACCGACUAGGAAAACUACGGUAUGCACAUGAAGUUGCGACUGGAACUGAAGUAUAGAUACGAGCCGGGAAACAUCCCUUAAUUAUUUAUAAUGCAUCCUAAUUUAAUCGACGGUGUUUUUGUGUUUGUAAAUGGGUCAAUAAAUGUUGUUGCCAGUGACUUGCCCAGGAUUAUUA